GAAACAACCAGUACUCUUGGAGGGGGAGAUACUGGCCCUUUAAGGAAAAGGAAACAAUUUCGGAAUAAAAUAACAAACUUUUCAAAGGAUAUUUUGCUGUAAAAAGGAAGAUAUAAUCUCGGAGAGGAAUGAGUAUACACACGAUGCGUGUGAGAAUUCGGGAAAGCUGUAAGGGAAAAGACAUGAUAGCCAGCUAGCUAGUCCGCUUGCGUCGCUAAACAUGGUGGCUAAUGUUAUAGUGAAUGAAAACUAACAUUAGCUAUCUAAGUAUUCGCUGAAAGAGAAUUGCAUUUUUUCAGCAAAAGUUGUUUUUCUCUAAAGGACGCGUUGGUCGUUGGAUAAGGCUUUCCCCUAAGUGCUAUCGGUUGGACAGCUACUUGAAAUAUGGUCGGCAGUUGGGCGGUAUAUCCAAAAACUGCAAUCUGCUAGUGCUGGCUAGCUGUAUGUACAACCCGCGUUGAAAAGUUAGCUAAUGUUUGCCGACCGGUUAUUGAAGUUUUUGUCUUCGCUCAAAUUUGGUGAAAUAUCGUUAUGCACUGUUUACAGCGAACGGGAAUUAUAUGGGCAUAAAUAAAUGCAAGGUGCAAACUUGCUUGUCAUACUCCAGCAAUGCAUUGAUCGUACUUGGGACGCCACUGCGAAGCAUUAACGUUAGCUGGUCAGCUGUCUAUUUAACGUUACGACAGUUUGAAAACAAAUUCAGUUAUGAUUGAGCACAGCAACAUAACCAGACGCAUGAGCUUAAUAGACAAAACUGUAAGCUACGCAUUCCCAUUCAAAACUUGAUUGGUUUCAGGUACAAUGUUAUCAUUUCAUAUCGCGACUUUAACGUCACCUAGCUAUGCUGUAAUCUGUAGACGAUUCAUUAUGAAUCACGAUAUAAAACGAGCUCUUUUCGUUGUUAGGAAUUAGUUAAACACAUAGCGUGGUGAUUAUUUUGUGCAGUGCAGUAUGCCACAGAGUGCGUGUUGUGCCUUUAGUAUGGUGUAGAAGACGCACAGAAACAUUUACAUGGAGACUCGUUUGACAUGCCAAGGACGGAGCUAGCACUGCCGGAGGGUUGGGAGGAGGCGCGGGACUUUGACGGGAAGGUCUACUACAUUGACCACAUCAAUCACACCACGAGUUGGAUCGACCCAAGAGACAGACAGACCAAGCCUCUGACGUUUGCAGACUGCAUUGGAGAUGAGCUGCCAGUGGGCUGGGAGGAGGUCUACCACCCCAACGUGGGGGCCUACUAUGUGGACCACAACACCAAGAGCACUCAGCUGGCUGAUCCGCGGGAGCAGUGGCAGAGGGAGCAGGAGCGCAUGCUGCAGCAGUAUGUGGGCGUGGCGCGCGACGCUCUCUCCGCCCAGCAGGAGCUGUACCAGGUCAAGGAGCAGCGCCUCCUCCUGGCCCAGCAGGAGUACUGCACCCUCAACCACGCCUGGAGAGACAAGGAUAAGAGCGCCUCUCAGACCAGCCUGAACUCUCGAUCGUCCUCCAGUAGUAAAUAUGACCCAGACAUCCUGAAAGCGGAGAUUGUGACGGCGAAAAGCCGGGUGAGGAGGCUGAAGAGGGAUCUGGCGUAUAUGAAGCAGGAGCUUCAGUACAAGGAGCAGGGCUUCAACACACUGAGAGAGAUCGAGGCGAAGGUGUCGGGGGCAGCGGGAGGUUGGGGGUGGGGUCAGGACCAGGUGCAGGGCGUCCUGAGUGAGGUCAGGGCGAUACGAAAUGCCAUCAGCUCCGGGGAGAGGGAGAAACAGGAGCUCCUGCAGAAACUGGCGGUGCUGAAGGACGGCUUCCAGCUGGAUUCUGGGUCGCAGUCGGACCUGUUUGCCAGCAGCUCCUCGCUGUCCAACUCCAACCUGUCCCUCCCGCGCCUGUACUCCGACGCAGAGUCCCAGACCGACCUACCUGCACAGUUCACUGGAAACACCAACAACAAGCUGGCGGAGAAGGUGCGCUUGAGCCUGAAGUACGAGGAAGCCAAGCGCAGGAUUGCGAACAUGGAGGUGCAGAUUGCGCGGCUGGACAGUGAGGCGUGGCCGGGGCUGCUGGACCCUGAGCGCGACCGCCUCAUCCUCAUCAGCGAGAAGGAGGAGCUUCUGAAGGAGCUGCAGUACCUGCGGCCCCGCCCCCGCCAGCCCAGCCAUGCCCACCAGCCCAGCCACGCCCACCACAUCGAGAGCGAGAAGAAACGGCUGGAGCAGGACCUGCAGGAGGCCCGAGACAGCCAGAGCAAAGCGCUUACUGAGAGACUACGGCUGCACUGCAAGAGAAACAAACUGGUACGAGAGCUGGAGGAAACGGUCCGCCUGGCGUCCUCUCUACACACACAGCUAAAGAGCCUGUCGGCCAGCACGCUGUCCUGCUCCUCGGGCAGCAGCCGGGGCUCCCUCACCUCCAGCCGGGGCUCUCUGGCCACCUCCAGCCUGGGCUCCUCGUCCCAGAGCCUGGACCUGUACGCAGAGCAGCCAGAGCUGGGGGACCCGGACCUGCUGAGCCGGCUGGAGUCGCUGCUGCAAGAGGGGCCGCCUGGGUACCGGCCCCCCCGCUCUAUCCCCACCAUCCACGAGCACGAGGUGACCGAGCCUGGGGCCCCCCCGCCCCCCCCAGGGCUGCAGCCCCCCCAGCCCGCCGACACGCCUCGCUCCGGGGGCUCCCUCUCACCCCGAUCCUCCCUCUCCUCCCUCUCCCCCCCCCGCUCCCCCCGGGGCCCCCAUGCCAGCUUCCUGUGCGGCCCCCUGGGGGGGGCCGGCGUGGCAUGUUCCAGCUCUGAGACCGAAGGCAAGACGGAGGGAACCACUGCACCGAGAGAUUCUGUUGUGCGAUCGAGGGGGGCGGGGCCUGCAGGAAAGAAGGUGGGCGUGACGUCUGCGGUGUCGGACGAAUCCGUGGCGGGGGACAGUGGCGUUUACGAGCCAGAGGAGACCAGGCCGCUCCCUCCCACAGAGCCUCUGCUGCCCCCUCAACAGAGCGGACCUCUGGGUGAACAGAGCGGAUCUCUGGGUGAACAGAGUGGAUCUCUGGGUGAACAGAGUGGAUCUCUGGGUGAACAGAGCGGAUCUCUGGGUGAACAGAGCGGAUCUCUGGGUGAACAGAGUGGAUCUCUGGGUGAAAAGAGCGGAUCUCUGGGUGAAAAGAGCGGAUCUCUGGGUGAAAAGAGCGGAUCUCUGGGUGAACAGAGCGGGUCUGCUCAGGUGGGGUUAGGGCUGAAGUAUGAUCUGAAGGAGAGGAGAUUCACCGUGUUCGUCCUGCAGCUCUGCAACUGCACAGCCCUGCCCCUCCCCCCUGGACACAGCCUGUACGUGCGAUUGGCCCUGCUGCCCUGCUGGGAGACGGCCCAGUGUCUGUUCCGCACCCGCCCCGCCCCCCCGCACGACCUGCUGCAGCUCAGUGAGGUGUUUGGGGUACAGGUGGCCCACAAUGCACUGCGGCAGAAGACGCUGCGCGUGGAUGUCUGCUUCUGCAGCCAGUCUGGCAGGGAGGAGUGCCUGGCCGGAGCCCAGAUCAGCCUGGCUGAGAUCAGCGUGUCGGAUCAGCGGAGCACUAAGUGGUACAACCUGCUGAACCGAGCGUACCUCCCUGACCUCAGCCUGGAGCUAGAGCCACAGACCUCCACCGCAGAUGCCAGCAGCCCUCUCCCUGCAGCUGAGCCCAUCGCCAUGGCAACGGGCGCGGAGGGUGUGGAGGGAGCUGGGGAGCAGGAUUGCUGUGUGUCUCUAAUCGCCCUCAGGCUCGAGGGUCCUGACGGCGACGUGUUUGAGGACAGUGAUGCCGAGGGAGAGGAACUUCUGGAGGAGGAGGAGGAGGAGGCCUAUCCAGAUGGCCAAUGGGAAGCAGAGGAGGAGGUGGCCAAUCAGACACCCGCAGGAAUUAUGAGAGAGAGGGUGAAUAAGCAGACCAGUAUGGAGGAUUUCUCGGGGCCGGUAUCUGUGGUUCGACCCAAAGAGCGGAGGGCAGCCCCCCCCCAGCAGAACCCGUUUGUGAGGGGGAACACCAUCAUCCGCUCCAAGACCUUCUCCCCCGGACCUCAGAGCCAGUACAUCUGCAGGAUUAACCGCAGUGAUAGCGACAGUUCCACGCUCUCAAAGAAGUCUCCGUUCGUCAGGAACUCGUCUGAGAGACGCAGCAUGAGGAUGAAGAGGCCCUCUCUGCAGGUGAAGGCUCUGGAUGGGCUGCUGCGGACGCCCCUGGACCUGGAGCUGGACCUGCAGGCGUGCCGGACACGGCACAGCCGCCUGGGGACGGAGCUCCGCACGCUGCGGGAGCUGAAGGAGGCGCUGGAGGGGGCGUGGUCUCAGGGCCGCAGCCGCCUCCCCUCUUGGGUGCAGGAUGACGAGCGAUUCGCUCUCCUGCUGCAGCACACAGAGAGACGGACGGAGGAGGAGCAGCAACAGGAGCGGCGGGUGGAGCGCAUGAUGCGCGCGGCCGCCAGAGAUGUUCACAAGAUCCGCCGCCAGAGCAGGACGGAGGAGCCCCAGGUGCAGUCCUUCAGAGAGAAGAUGGCCUUCUUCACUCGAGCAAAGAUCAACAUUCCUGACCUCCCAGCCGACGACGUGUAGGACACCUGCAGUGUUCUCCGGGCUUAGCUGCUCCCUCUGGUGGUAUUAUGAAGAAACGGGAGAAAGAACUCUCUGUAAAUUAGGAAAAACACCACAUUUGAAAACACUGGGUUAUAGAUUUGAGUUGCUAAUCUGUAUAUUUUUUUAAAUGACCUUUAUUUUCAUCAUUGUAGCAUUAUUUUACUGUUUCUAAUUAUUGUACUUUGUUCGAUGUAAUAUGUGCUCGUGUAUUUCGCAGAGACACACCAGCGUAUGUGAAAUAUGAGAAUAACUGGUGAAAUGUUGUUAUGCUGGUAAGCGGAAGGAACCGCUCUACAAUGUGAACAGGGAAACCUGUACUUACGGCACGAGGCUGUUGCCUGGGCACCAGCAGCUGCUCCAGUGUGAAAAGGAAUCACCAUGAGUUCAGCUGUUCUGUGGCCGGAUAAAUAUGGCAUUACACAUGUAAGAGUUUCACCAGCACACAUGUGUGCGUGACAUUGCACAUGUAAGAGUUUCACCAGCACACACGUGUGCGUGACAUUGCACAUGUAAGAAUUUCACCAGCACACACAUGUGCGUGGCAUUGCACAUGUAAGAGUUUCACUCCAACAGACACGUGUGUGUAAUAGUAGUGAAUAGUGGCAGCACAUACACACACACACACACACACACACACACUCACACACACACACGCUCACACACACACACACACACACACACACACACACACACACACACACACAUACACACACGCUCAGCUCUGCAUGGGAGCUGCACACUCCUCAGGUAGAACAGAGCAGCUUGUGCACUUUACCCUUGAUCCCUCUCUGAUUAUCCCACUCAUUCCCCAAAAGCACAGCCACAAUUCUACUCUACAACCCCAAAGGCACAGCCACAAUUCUACUCUACAACCCCAAAAGCACAGCCACAAUUCUACUCUACAACCCCAAAAGCACAGCCACAAUUCUACUCUACAACCCCAAAGGCACAGCCACAAUUCUACUCUACAACCCCAAAAGCACAGCCACAAUUCUACUCUACAACCCCAAAGGCACAGCCACAAUUCUACUCUACAACCCCAAAAGCACAGUCACAAUUCUACUCUACAACCCCAAAAGCACAGUCACAAUUCUACUCUACAACCCCAAAAGCACAGUCACAAUUCUACUCUACAACCCCAAAAGCACAGUCACAAUUCUACUCUACAAACCCCAAAAGCUUAUCCACCCAGUUUGUAAGGCUGGCUGGUUGUAAGGACGGGGUGUUCUUAAUAUUCUGCUCCAGCAAGAAGAGGAUACUGCUGAGCUGUAAAAUGAUAUUAUUAUUAUUAUUAUUAUUAUUAUCUUUUAACAAACGUCUAUGGUCCCUCAGAGUGCUCGCUGCUGCCCUUCAUGGAUGAAUGAUGUUAUGUUAAAAAGAUCGACCUGGAUACAGGAUCUGUGUUGUGGCAGUUAAACUGGAAUGUUCUUCUGGGAUACUCAAGCACCAGAGAUGUGCAGAUUGAUGCAGUCGACACCAUUCCCACUUUGUGAGCCGUUCCCACUCCGGAAGCAUGUAUGACCAUACAAAUGGACAGAAAACUGAAUCUUUGAAGAUUUAUCUGCCAUUAAUUGUCCUCAUAUCUUUUUAACACUAAUGCACGCUGUCGGUGCACUGUAUGGACAUAAUCAGUUAGAGCACUGCGAUCACUUAUUUUUGUGAAUCUGAUUUACGUGUGACCAUUGAAUAAGACGUUUGAGUGUUUUUUGCUUUUCUCUAAUUAAUGAAUGCGCUUCCUCUCCUCUGAAGGUGCUCACAGACCCUGUUAAUGCCACAGCUGACACUGUGUUUGUGUCCUGUAUCGCAGAACUCGUAAAAUCUCAAAUGAUAAUCACCAUGACCCCCCGCACACCCCUGUUCCACCCCCUCCUCCCCCCUCGUCCCCCUGUUCCUCCUGCCCUCCAUACUGGCCCAUUACUGCAGCUAACCCAGAGGUGAGCAGAUCUGUUUGUGGAGAAUGUUCAGGUAAACGCUGUCCCACAAUCCCCAGGGGCAGAGAGCUGUUAUCAGCUGACCAUCUUUGCUGCAUAUGUCACCUCGCUGAGUUGCUUGGCAACUGGCUCAACAGAGACACCCAAAUCUGCUCCUGUGGGAUCCGUUCCCCUACAGCCAGGAGACACAAGCUCUGCUGCCUUCCCUUCUGGAAAACUAGCCUUGUGGAUAAGGUGCUUGUGUCUAUAGCCUAUAUCCUAUAGCCUAGUGGCUAAGGUGCUUGUGUCUAUAGCCUAUAGCCUAGUGGCUAAGGUGCUUGUGUCUAUAGCCUGUAGCCUAGUGGCUAAGGUGCUUGUGUCUAUAGCCUAUAGCCUAGUGGCUAAGGUGCUUGUGUCUAUAGCCUAGAGGCUAAGGUGCAUGUGUCUAUAGCCUAGUGGCUUAGGUGCUUGUGUCUAUAGCCUAGAGGUUAUGGUGCUUGUGUCUGUAGCCUAGAGGCUAAGGUGCUUGUGUCUAUAGCCUAGAGGUUAAGGUGCUUGUGUCUGUAGCCUAUAGCCCAGUGGCUAAGGUGCUUGUGUCUGUAGCCUAUAGUCAAUGUAAUUAUAGAUUUGAGCCCUGUGCUUUUGUCACCAAAAGUCCUUCUGUUCCUCUCUCAAAGGGCAACACAGAACUGGCCCAUUCCCAGGCUGGAGUAACACACUUACAUACUACACUAUUGGGCAAAAACACAUCAGAUCCACACUACACUGAUAACUGAUACGAUACAGUGUGUGUGCGUGUGUUUGGUUUGUCUGUCCGUAUGAUACGAUACAGUGUGUGUGCAUGUGUUUGGUUUGUCUGUGUCCAUAUGUGUGUGUGCAUGUGUGUGUGUCUUACUGGUCUUGUUCCCAAUCUAAAGUAUUGCACUUUGAGAUUUCCCCUGAAGAAGGUGCACCUCACUGUGCCAGAAACCUUACGAAUGCAUGUUCUUUUCUUCACAAAUCUUAACUUGUCAUUUUAUGCCUUUUUAGAGGAUAAACAAUAUGGUAUAAAAGCAUUGACCCUGUGCUGACUAAGGGCUGUACCAUUGUAGGCAGAUAUUCUUUUUCAAGAAUAUUAAACUUAUUUCUACGUUAAAACAGAAGUGAGUAUGGUUAUCCUCAUAGAAUCCAGUAUGUAUUCUUUUUUUUUUUUUUUUCCAGUACAAAGUCUGGGCAUAUUGUUUUUAGUCUAGUGUUAACUGGGGACUUUUAUUCUGGUGGUACUGGGAAUUCAAUGUGUAUAUAAAGUCUUACAUUAGGACUUUAGAGAUAGAGAAUGUAUAUGAAGCAUGAAUACAUGUGAUUAAUGAAAAAUGUAUUGAUUGAGUAGGCGCUCUGUAAUGCUGAAUCUAUGUAACGCUCAGCCUGUUUGUCGUUGAUGAAACACGCAGGUGCGGUCACACAGGUGUGGUCACGCAGGUGCGGUCACACAGGUGUGGUCACGCAGGUGCGGUCACACAGGUGUGGUCACGCAGGUGCGGUCACACAGGUGCGGUCACACAGGUGCGAUCACGCAGGUGCGGUCACACAGGUGCGGUCACACAGGUGUACAUGUCCCGUCGUGUCGUCACUGUCAUGCAGUCCGCCAUUUUGAUUGUUUGUUUUGAAGUUGAAGUAUUUUUUUGUUGUUUGAUUUUUGAGUCUUGUAUUAAGAGAUGGUAAUGAGCUGAUCUUUACAGCACCAUGGCUUGUGCAACUCGGCAUGUAUUUAUUGCACUUUGUGAUUUGGGUGUACUUUCUGUUUCUCUUUUCUCAUGAGACUCCAAGCUGUGAAUUUAACAUUUGACACUGCUAUGUGGACCAGCAUUGUAAAUAUUUCACUAGCAACAAGAACAUGUUUUGUAGUUUCACAACAAAUAUAUGAAGUGUUUUUUUUCUUCUA